AUGCAAGACGAAGCAUAUGAUGGUGAAGAUUCUACUGAGGAAGAGGAAUAUGAAUCCUCCGAAGAAAAGAGUGAUGACAACGAAGAUGACAACAGAGAAGUGACGGAUCAAGACAACAGUGAAGAUGAAAGUGAUGAAAACAAACUCAUGGAAAAGUGUAAAAAAAUCAUCAAAGAUUUCUUUUCCAACGCACAGGCCUCCCUUCCGCCGAAGAAGAAGGAGGUGGAAGAGUUGCACAUCCUCCUGCCCGGCCACAGCGCCGAGAAGCAAAAGGUGGUGGUUCGACUUUCAAAACCUCACGAAUAUGGCUUUGAAUCAUUUGAAAAACGCUACAAAGAACAAAUGCGGCGCACCAUUCGGAAUUUAUGGCUUCAAAAACUCAAAGCCAAUGGCGACGAGGACGCCGUGAUGGAGUUUUUGAAGGCGGAGAUGAUCGUUCAGGGCGAAGGCCGGACGUCGCUGGAGGAGGACGACGAGGGGAUGGCGAUCACCGGCGGGAGCCGCUCCACCACUUUUUACUACCAAACGAAACCCAACGAUGAGGAAAACGAGGGCUACGGCGAGGGGCCGGAAGAACCUUCCAGGGGCAUCCCUGCCCCCUCCAACGGCAUCCCAGGAACCUCUGGCUUUUCCUUUCCCUAUUGGCUUUCUCCCUUGUUGUCGAACGAUCUCUUUUAUCUCGUGUUGGUCUGCGAGACGAUGUUUGGAUGGACGGUUCCCCCUCUCACGCCAAACGCGGCGAACCACGAGAUGGGCCAAUUGGGCGAGGCCAAACAUAAUCUCUCCUCGAUACCAAUUCUGAUGAGGGGGAAUAAGCCCUAUCCAGAGUCGGACGCGUUGAGUUAUAAAAAAGUCUCCUUCGUCCACACUAGCAACGAUAAUGACAGAAUGCAAAGUGAGGACGAAGAGCAAGCGCCAAAGGGCGUUGACGACCUAAAUCCCUUCAUGGAGGAGGAAAUCGAAGAGGUGGAAGAAGAAAUAGAGGGAAUGAAAUCAAAGGGGGAUAAUGAAAAUUUAGAGAAUGAAUCAAACGAAAAACUCAACUCACCUUCUUCGUGGCAGAGAGUUCAAAACAAAAUUCUGAAGGGGAAGGAUCAGAUGCUGGAUGAGUACGCGCCACCGAAUGCUCUCAAAGUGGAGCAUUCGGAUGAGAAACUCACUUCAGUCGUUACUUUAUUAACUAAUCAACGCCAGGAUUUUAUCGCGUCGAAUAGACGGUCUAUAAUACAGAGUUUAACGAAAACAACAACACAAACGUCCGCUUCGGCUACGCCCAAACCGGAGAUUGUGGCUUUCCCUGAUCUAAACUACAAGUUAUACGUGGUGUGGGAGAAAAACGAAGAGGAAUGGCAGCUGUUGGAUGUCAAUCCUAUGAUUGUUGAGCAUCAUGCGAAAGCCAAACUUCUAAGGAAAAGUCAAAAACAAGAAAAGGAAAAAAACUCCGAUGAGGAUCAGUCUGAAGAAGACGAUGAAAAGGAAUCGGAAGAUAAUGAGCAAGAGGAAGAAGAGGAUCAUAUGGACGAGGACCAGAGUAAUGAGGAAAGCGAAGAAUACGACGACGACGACGACAGCGUCCCGUCGUUUAAUUACGAUUCCGUCAUCGUCCUAGACGCCUUGAUGCUUGCCGCCCUUCAGGCUCCUUCUUUUCUAAAAACCUGCUUUUUGCAAAACCUCAAAUCCAACGGACGGACCUGCGCGUUAUCGCUAGGGUGUCUUGAGCACUGGCUGGUGAUGGACGAGGAUGCCGGCUUCCCGAUGCUCAAUGCGGUCUACACCGGCCUCAUGAGUGCGCGGCUGCAGUACAGCGUGACCCCGCUCCCAUACCAGCUCCCCGCCCUAAAGUUCGAUUUCAACUAUUUCUUCCAAGAGGGGGUUCUCUUUCGAGGGGAAAAACCCAACCCCAAGGGGAAUGCCGUGCCCUGCUAUCACCUCCUCCCCGGGAGCUCUCGACUGAUGCUCAAACAACUCGACAGCCUCACCAACUCACGGAGUAAGCAAACCAUGGAUAGUAUGGGGGCCUUGCUGAGCGCCAACAUCCUCCCUUCGCGGCCGAUUUCGCUGAAUCGGCUCACCUCCCCGGAGAGCCUGGGGCUUGCGCUUUGGCUGCUCGCCUCCAUCCCGGAAUGGCUGCUUUAUGUCUGGGAGGCGCUGGCGAAAACGCAGAACAACGGCCUCGCGAAGCGGCAGGACGAUUCAAUCUGGACCAAACGGGGAAGUCAGGCCGCCUCCGACUUCGGCGAAUUCGACGACGACGACGACGACGACGAAGACGAUGGCAUGGAGGAGGAAGAGGAAGGGAUUGAGGACGCGGAGUAUUAUCGCCCUCGUUUGAGGGAAUUACAGCGCGCCGAGGCGGUGUGGCGACGGCGUCUCGAGCAUAAGAUUUGUCAGCUUUGGCAUGGCGCCGACGCCGGGGGCGGUUUAACCCGGACGACCCCUAAAGCCCUUCGAAACGACCCCGUCUUCCCCCCUGCGCUGCUGACCGGGGCUUUGCUGUUUUCAACGCUGGUGGAGAUCCGAUCUCGGUUGGCGCGGGAGCAGCUCGGCCGCAAACCCCUCACCUACCCCCUCACGACGGAUUUGGAGAAGUUCAUGGAAAGUAAACGACUUGAGGACGGCGUCGUUGAUCCCCUCAUCACCUCGUCUUUUCGCCCUCAAAUCACACCCGACCUGAUGCGGAUUGAGGGUCACCACGAAGACAAUACGCCGCGGGAGGGGACGAACGUCUUCGCGGAGUUCAAGAACGUGUUUUCCCCACCGAAACACAAACUGCUGGAGGGGAUGGCAACUCCGACGAAGGAGGGCAAUGCGGACCCCCCCCAAUCCUUUUUCACCCAACGCCAUCAAAAAAUCUAUCAAAGUGAUUUAGUCCUGCUGCUGUUGGCGUGCACCAAUACGCCGAUGCCGCGGCCAAUUAACGCCUUGUGUACGCAAGAAGCCGACUUCCCUCAAACGCCAAUGACCGAAUUGGCAAACCUGAAGGACCAACCGAUACCGACGGCUCAGCCAAUCUCGGGAAAAAAAAGGGCGACAGUGGUGAAUCGAGUACCGCAGACAACCCCUUCCCAUCCGGUCCAUCAACCGAGCUCAUUAUUGGGGAAACCGAUGUUUGCCCCAAUAUCGGGUGCUAUAAUCCCGAACGUGAACUCCACCCCCUCUGGCGUGCUGAACUACCACCUCAGUUAUUUUAAUGCCCUCCUCCAGGCGAAAAUACAAAAGCAGCAAAGUGGCCUAGGAUCCUCCCUGCCGCUGACGAAAGCGCGCUCUGGAAUGUGGCGUUUUCUUUUUCUCCUCCUCCCGCUCUUUCUUAAUCAGCGGAUGAUUCAGGAGUUCUGCGAUGCCGCGCCGCUGUAUGAACUCUUUGGCGUGAAUGAGCGCUGCCCACUGCACGAACUCAUCUACUACUGGAUGUUGGAGGUCUGCAAUCCAAAGGAAUUCCAGUCCAUCUCCAGAGGCCAUUCCACCGGGGAGAAGUCCCUGGCGUUAAACCAUAUGGUGAAUAUCUUUGUCAACACCUUCUGUCAUGAGUUAUAUCAUCGUCUGAAAGCGGAAUUGUAUCCGAAAAAUAUUCUUUCCUUUAUUCGGGCGUGUAGCAAUUCUAGUGGGACGAUGAUGUUGUCAAAGGUGCAAGAUCAAAUGGAUAGACUGGAGCAUGUGCUCGCAAACCUACCUGGCAUUCGGUAUAGAGGUACCAAAGGGGUGGAUGCGCGCUAUGUCGAUUUCUCGCUUCUCAUGAAUCAGCUGAAUCUGCAGUAUCGCAUGGAGUCGUCCAUGCCUGACUCGGCAAAUAAUACUAGGAGGACAGUGAAAUUGGAGCUCCCUGUCCCGAUCAACGCGGAGCCGGCAAUACGGUGUGCUCUACCGAGAUUAGAGAUGUUGGCGGAAAAUGUCAACGAGGAGCUUCUUAUGAAGAUUGAAACAACCUCAGUGGUGGAGAGCAUCUACAACGAACCCUUUCGAAGCGCCACGCAGCGCCUGGUGGCCUCCUUCGCGACCUUGCCUAUGACGGCGCCAAACAUCUUCACCCCGGAGCUCCUUUUCGAGCUUCUCUUCGCCGAUCCGAAACUCAACACCCCCUCCAAGAAGCGUCUCGAGUUGGGCAAAAAGAGCAUCUGCGAGGUCGCGAAAGGGAAGAAAAAAGAACUCAACUUCGUCGCGGUUCGUUAUGUGGUGGUGGAAAAGCACGUGACGACGGUGCGGGAGCGCGGGCCCUUUUCCAGCCCGGCGAUCCCCGCGCUGGAGUACGCCAUCCUCCACGGCUACAUCGACGCCGCGGUUCUGCUGGUGAGCCUGGGCGCCUCAUUAGGGGAUCUCAUCCUGAAUGGAUCGAUGACGUUGGAAACCUUCCUCGAGCGAUGCUGGCCGGUGGAGAAGGCGACCCAAUUACGCCAGCUAUGGCGUCUGCAAACCUGCCUAACCCGACUGGAUCCUGAUUAUCGAUACAGCGUCUUGCGUCCGGUGGUAUAA